AAUAAAUAUCAUAUAAAGUUUAGAAUAUGCAAAUGUGUUGUAAUAUUGAUUAAAAUAAUCCGUUCGCCAGAAAUUGUAGCAUGUCAAUAUUGAAUAUAUUUCUGUUAUCUUUCUUCUGGUUUCAAUCCCAAUAUUGCUAUGCAAAUUAUUAUAACAUAACAUCAUCCCAGGCCUUAUCUCAAACACAAACUCUAGUCUCCUCUAACCAAAUUUUUGAGUUAGGCUUCUUCAAUCCAACUAAUUCUUCAAAUCACUAUGUGGGCAUCUGGUACAAGGGAACUUCACCCCUUGCUGUUGUAUGGGUGGCUAACAGAGAGAAUCCGCUAAAAAACGCAGACCAUGCUACGGCAAGUCUAACGAUUGGCAAUAAUGGAAAUCUGGAGCUUGUGAGUGGUAAGAACAAGUCUGUGACCUGGUCAACUAAUAUUCAUGUUCGAUCAAAUAGUUCAAUAGCAGCUCUUUCAGAUGAUGGUAACUUGGUUUUGAAAGAUGGCAUAUCAGGAGAAAGCUUGUGGCAGAGCUUCCAACAUCCAGGGAACACAUUCUUAGCUGGAGCAACGUUAGGUUAUAAUCUCAAAACUGGAGAGAAUUAUGUGUUGACCUCUUGGAAGAGUGACAGUGAUCCAUCACCUGGUAAUUUCACCAUGGGAAUCUCGACACAGGCACCGCCACAAGCUUUCAUUUGGAUCAAUGAAACAACGCCUCACUGGAGAAGUGGGCCGUGGGACAAAUCCAAGUUCAUUGGUGUACCUGAGAUGGGUAAUUUAUAUUCAAGUUCAAUUAAUCUUCAAAGUGACUUUGACAAGGGAACAACUUUUUUGUAUUUCACUAUGUUCAACAAAUCCAUUCUCGCAAAUAUGUUUGUUUCAUCGCAAGGUCUUUUGAAAAAUAUCUUCAAAGACAAUGCCGACGACACUUGGAAUACUGUCUGGGAGGGACCAAAAAGUCGAUGCGACUUAUAUGGAACUUGCGGGGCUUUUGGGGUAUGCAAAACAUUUGAAUCUCCAAUUUGCAAGUGUUUAAAUGGGUUUGUACCAAAAUCAUACCAAGAGUGGACGAGUGAAAAUUGGAGCGGAGGGUGCAAGAGAAGAACCAACUUACACUGCGAGAAAAACAAUAGUAGCCAAUCUUCAAAUGGAGGAAAACCCGAUGGAUUUUACAAGAUGAGUAUGCUAAAACUACCAGACUUGUAUACGUAUGUGAACAUUAAUGAAGCCAGUAAUUGCUACACAUGGUGCCUGAAUAAUUGUUCUUGCGUAGCUUAUGCUUAUGUGAAUGGAAUAGGCUGUUUGGUUUGGUCAGAAGGUCUUAUUGACAUUCAGGGCUUUUCCUAUGGAGGGAAGGAUCUUUUUAUUCGCCUUGCACAAAUCGAACAUGUUGGAGGACAGAAAACCAGGAAGAUUGUCAUCAUCCUCACAGUUAUUUCUGGUUGUGCCCUUCUUGUUGCUGUUGUUUUCAUAUUUCAAAGAUGGAGAACUAACCACACAACUGGAAUAGCAGGGCCCAUUAAGGAGAUCCUAAAGAAAUUUGGUUUGGCUAAGAUAGGUGAGGCUCUAGUACCCAAUCUUCAAAGUGCCAAACAACAAGAUCCAUCCGAGUUAAGUGUUUUGGAAUUGGAUAGCGUUUUAGCUGCUACAAACCAUUUCAACAUCACAAACAAACUCGGGCAAGGAGGGUUCGGUUCUGUUUACAAGGGAAAAUUACCAGAUGGAAGGGAAAUAGCAGUCAAAAGAUUGUCAAGUAGCUCGGGCCAAGGCAUAGAAGAGCUUAAGAAUGAGAUGAUUUUGAUCUCUAAACUUCAACACAGAAAUCUUGUCAAGCUCUUAGGUUGCUGCAUUGAAGAAGAAGAGAAGUUACUAAUUUAUGAGUUUAUGCCCAACAGAAGCUUGGACACUUUUAUCUUCGAUCCAAGUAAAAGUGCACAGAUCAGUUGGGCUACACGCUUUAAAAUUAUUCAUGGAGUUGCUAGAGGCCUUGUAUAUCUUCAUCGUGAUUCGUCUUUAAGGGUGAUACAUCGAGAUUUGAAAGUUAGCAAUAUUCUCUUAGACGAAAAUAUGAACCCAAAAAUUUCCGACUUCGGACUAGCACGGAUUUUUCAAGGGACAAUGGAUCAAGUAAACACUCGAAGGGUAGUCGGAACAUUAGGCUACAUGUCUCCAGAAUAUGCCAUGGGUGGGAUAUUUUCUGAAAAAUCUGAUGUAUUUAGCUUUGGUGUACUGCUAUUAGAGAUAAUCAGUGGGAAGAAGAAUUCCAACUUCUACUGCUAUGAGCAAGACCUAAGCCUUAUUGCUUAUGCAUGGCGACUGUGGAAUGAAAGUAGAGGACUAGACUUGGUUGAUGAAGCAGUGGCGGAGUCAUACUCUGCACCAGAAGCAAUAAGGUGCAUACAUAUUGGUUUGUUAUGUGUACAAGAUCACGCCGCUGAUAGACCAACCAUGCUGGAUGUGGUUUCCAUGUUGAUCAACGAAACAUAUCGUCCUCAACCUAAACAACCCUUCUUUACUUGCCAGCGUCAGCCACAAACCGGAAUUAGCUCCGCGAAUGAAGCCACCGUAUCAUUAUUUGAAGGCCGAUGAGUCACUCCUUCGUUUAAGGCCAAACUCUGGUCUCCUCCAACCAAAUUUUCGAGCUAGGCUUCUUUAGUCCCAAUAGCUCUGCAAAUACGUACGUGGGAAUCUGGUAUAAGAAAUUCUCACCCUUUACAGUUGUGUGGGUGGCAAACAGAGACAACCCCGUUACAGUUGCAGACUCUCCAUCAAGUCUAACGAUUGGUAGCAAUGGAAAUCUAGAGCUCUUGGAUAGAAACCGCAACUCUGUUUGGUCUACCAAUGUCAAAAUCCGAUCCAAUAAUAGCUCAGUGGCAAUUCUUUCUGAUUACGGAAGUUUAAUACUCAAAGAUGAUACACAGAGCUUAUGGAAGAGCUUUGAGCAUCCUGGGGACACAUUCUUACCAGGAGCAGAGUUGGGUCGUAAUGUCAAAACUGGGGAGAGUUUUGUGUUGACUUCGUGGAAUAGCAAUAGUGACCCUUCAGUUGGAGAUUUCACUUUUGGAGUUUCCAAAACGAAACCACCAGAAGUUGCCAUUUGGAUAAACGAAUCGAAGGUACUAUGGAGAAGUGGACCAUGGGCUAAAACUAAGUUCACGG